AUGUUCCUCUCAAAACCACUUAUUACACCGUGCCUUCAGGCACGGAUUAUCCCUAAUAUACCAUAUAACAUGUAUUUUCAAAGUUCAGCCAACCUCCCUACCUCAUUUACAAAGAAGAGACUCUUUCACCCAAUUCUCUAUCCCGCUUUUUCCUAUUCUUCCCCCUUUCUCUCUCUCACUUUUCUGAGCACUUUGUGUUCUCUUUACUUCUCACUCCCCCUUUAUUCCAUCUUUUCCCUCAGUCAGGCUAAGGUUCCAUCAAAGGCGGCUAUCCUUCUUCCUCCUUUUCUCUUCUCCACCACUCUCUAUAAUGUUUUUGGCUGCUUUACAGCUGUACAUCUCUAUCUUUGA